AUGCCGCCUACUCAACUACAAAAGAAACUUGUCAGGCCUGGAAAUGGCCAGGACUUCCCCAAAACCGGCGAUGAAGUUACCAUCGAAUAUACGGGCUGGCUCUACGACGGCUCCAAAGCGGACAACGACUACAAAGGCAAACAGUUCGACAGCUCACGAGGUCGUGGUGAUUUCAAGACUCCCAUCAGGGUUGGGCGGGUGAUUCCAGGUACUUCAGCUGACCCACUCACCCAUAUCCCGGGCGCUCGUUUGGCGUUGGUCUGGGAGUCUUGGGCCAACAUGCCAUUUCACGCGGUGUAUCUGGAGAAGCUCAAAAUUGCCAGCAAUGAAUCUGGACGAUCCGAGUGCUAG